CGAUCAAAGGUGGACGAAAAAGUACCGAUUGAAAGAAAAGAAGCAAGAAAAUCUUCUCUGCUGCGAGAAAAUCAUCGGAAAGGCGUAAACUUUGUUGUUGAUCGGCAUCAGGGGACGAUUGAAGUAACAGAAAGUUUUGCUUUUGGGUUUUGAUUGAAGAGAAGGAGAAAUAACUAGUCCGGUAAGGGCUGGUAGCUUGACAAAUUCCACCACGGCUCUAAGGAAAGAAGUUUGUGCUGCAAAGAUUGGAAGGGGAAAACAAUGCAGGCAGGCUUCCCCUAAGUUCUUGAUUGCGUCCCCUUCAUUCCACGGUGGUCGAGGUGCCCUACCCUCUGCUGGAGGGCAUCCGGCUGAUCUCACCUCCGUUGCGGGUGGCGGUUGCUGAAUCGCAUUCGAAUGUUUCUGGCCUUCCUUACUUCUGGAGGUUGCUGAAAAAGUUUUGUGGGUUAUUAUUAUUGUUGACUUGUUAGUUUGUAACAACAAUCUACUCGAGCAUGGUUGGGGUCAAGCAACUCGUAGAUGACAACUUGCUGGCAGAAUGUGCAAAUGCAAUACCCAAGCAGUCAAAGUUACCUCAGUUCCUUGAAGAAAUAGCAGGUGUUAGUGUUCCGCUUUACUGCUUUGGUAGCCAACCUCUGAUGGAUCAUGAAUCCUUUGGAGAGCAUUUGGGCAUCUCUAAAGAUGAAGCGAGCAUGUUAGAUACUCUUCUUCUCGCCCAGUGGGAAGACCGAACAAUGAAAGGAAUUUUCCGAUAUGAUGUGACAACUAAUGAAAUUAAGGCUAUUGAAGGCAGGAAAAAGUUUCUUGCUCAGUUGAAUGAAGCAUGGAAUAUGGAUCAUUUGCCGAAGCUGGAAAACAACAAAGCUUUCCAGCAAGAGGGUGUUUUUGAACUUAACUCCAUGAAACAGCAUGACAAGUUACUCCUUUGUGUUGCGAGCAGUGAAAAAUCAACUCCGGAGCUUAUUGCUUCAGCUGCUGUUCCUAAUGAUGCCAUGUUAAUAUUUAUCAAUGCAUCUCCUGUGGAAUAUGGCCAUGUCUUGCUGGUACCAUAUCAAACCAAUAGUUUUUACCAGUUCCUGGAUGCAAGCUGCUUGGAAAUGGCUGUCAGGAUUGCUGUUGGAAUAAAGAAUUGUUGUUUCCGUUUGUUUUACAACUAUUCAACUGAUGCCUCUCAUCUUUAUUUUCAGGCCUGCUAUUUUUCUAACCCAUUAGCUGUUGAGCUCAUGCCUGUUGAUACUUUUUAUGGCAAUGCGCAAAGCGGGAUGCGUAUAUCUGUUGUCACUGAUUACCCAAUCAAGACCCUCCUGUUUGAGAGCAAUCAGAAGUUUGAAAAAAUGAUGGAGGUUCUUGCCAAGAUAUGCUCUUGUUUAGUGGAAAUGAGAAUUUCAUAUAAUCUAUUGAUAUCUGAUCGUGGAAAAAAGAUAUUUUUAUUUCUGCAGCUACAGGAGUUGGAACACACCUGCUCCCUUUCAGCUUGGGAGUGUGGAGGCUACUUCUUGUUCAAAUCGAGGACUGAAUUUGAUCUAGCUACCGAGAAGACUAUGCUUAAACAGCUUACUGUUGUGUCGAUUCAUGAUGAAGAUUUCAAAGCUGUGAAGCUUCUCUGCUGCAACACUGCGAGGAUGCUUGGGUUUUGAAUUUGGGACCUUUAAUCAGAAACUGCAUGAAAAGCGUGCUUUUUAUGACAAAAGAAAAAGUGCUGCUUAUAUACAUACAUAUAUAUAUAUAUAUAUAUAUGAUGUGGCUGUGUGCCUGUGUUCCUACUUUUCAGCUUAAGAUUCAUAUUCGGUGUGCUAAAUAAGACAAUCAUACAAUUUCUCUGCUAGAUAUUUCCCACAAGAAGUUCUUUGCAUGUUUAAGAUGUUUAUUGAGGUUUCAUGUAUGAAGCUCCAUUUAUAUUGGCUGAUAUUGCAAAUAUGUUUGGUCUCGGAAUUAUGAAUCGAGGUUGAAGAAAGGGAAUUUACGGAAAAUGACCUACUUUAAACUCAGAAUAUCUCUGUUCAGGUGGAGUUUCUGAAAAAAUUAUUUUGUAGACAAGGUGAUUUCAAAUUCACAUUAUUGCCCGUUGCUAACUGAAACC